AUGACGAAUCACACAGCGACAGCGUCAGCGAGAACGGCAGCGGCAGUGGCGGCCUCACCACCACCCCCGCCUGGCCUCUCCCUCUUCGAGCGCCUCCCCGCAGAGCUCCGUCUCCAGAUCUACGACCUCUUGUUCGCGAGCGAGGAUGUGCCUGCGCAGCCACAACAACCCAUGCACAACCACCAAGAUCCCACCUAUCAAGCUCCCUCCCACGAAGGCCCCGCUCACGCAAAACACACCAACACAGCAGCAGCAGUGCUCAGCCUCAACAAACGCAUCAACGCCGACGCCACGCCCGCGCUCUACGCCCGCCCGGUCUUUGAGCUCAAGGUCCGUCCGACGGGGAUUAUGCUGUGUGGCGGGCGGAGCUUGAGCUUGAGCUUGCCGUUGGCGCAAAAUCACUCCUCCCCACAACACCAGAACCCCUCGCAAGCCAAAGACUCCUCGCAAGCCAAAGGCUCUUCGCAAGCUCAGAGCCCCUUCCUCCCCCUCCUCGCCCACGCACGCAACCUCAACAUCCACAUCAUCGCCUUUCUCCAACCAAGCAUGUACGCCCGCACCCUCGCCCACCUGCACGCCCUCACCCGCGCUCUCCGCACCCAUAACGCGCCACUCCGCUCUCUCCGCUUCGCUAUCGACUGGCAUAAUGGGAGCCUGGCGUUUCCGGUGCGCCAGCCCGACUUUGCCAUGGCUAGAGCCGCCGCGGUUUAG